CGAUGAGACGAGGGAAGGCCGAGAGAGGGAUGCGAUGCGAUUAUCGACCGACCCCUCCGAAGAACCCGCCUUCUUUCUCUUUCUCUUUCUCUCUCUCUCUCUCCAACAACAACAACAAUGAUGCAUCGCGAACGAUAAAACAAGACAACAAGAGUGAGAAGACGAGAGGAAUGCACCAUGGCGCAAGAAAGCACAGCAGAGCCUCCGCGCCCGAAAUUGAAGGAUUCGUGGUCGAGUCUCCAGGACGAUUACGAGUUGAGGAAUGUACAGAAGUUUCGAGAUGCUGAGCAAGGGUCCGGAUUAUUUGGGACAAGUGAAGACAAUCGGACAACGACUCUAAAUGAUUGUCCACCUCCAUUACACGUACCGACAAGGACGAGGAAUCUAUUGUUCAACAUCGGGUUGGGCAUUGCCGUGCUGGAUUUGUGUGUAAUGCCAAUUGUGUAUUUCUACUCCUUGACAUUUGGAGCAAAAUUGAAGAGGCAGACUGUGUUUAUUGUCAUUACAUGUCUCUUCUGCAUGAUGACUUUUGCGCACUACACGCAUCGCUGCUUCAGACUGAUGUUGAAAUGCUCCAGCCGAUACGGCCCCAUCGGAUGGCAACGGAAAUGGCGAUUACUCGAAUUCACAAACGUCAAUUUCGCCCUCUGCGCUUCAAUCUUCGAAAUCGUGCUCGUCAUCGGCACGUCCCCCGAAUCCCCUCUCCUCCGAAUCUGCACCCUCCCAUCCGCCAUCAUAUGCUACUACCUAGGCAUUCUCUUCCUGCUCACCUCCACUCUCACCCAUUACCAAGUCCCAAUCCCGUUCGAAAUGUCUUCUACUCCCAAAGGAGCACCGUUUCGUCCCGCACUUCUCGCUAUACUGGAAGAUUCGGGCGCUAUCGAGUAUCGAGGCGAGGUCCCUGCUCGUCUUGCUGUUCUUAGACGUUAUGAAGCUAGUCCCUUGUUUCGGAGAAUGAUACAGAGGCUAAGUUGGUUUUGGGGCGUGGGAUUUCUGGUGAUUGCUAUCAUCACCACGAUCUUGAUAUUCUCGCUUGAGGAAGAGGUUGCGUUUGGAGUUGGGUGGGGUGUACCGUAUGUUUGGGCGACGAUAUACGCCAUCGGUACCAUCAUAUUCGUCAAAGCGAGUUUAAGAGAAGAAAGAAGGGUCUGGCGUUCAAAUCUUGGCAUCACCACUUAGGUCUCCUAUGUUUGGGCGGACAAUUUGUUUACUUGAGCGCUGAUCAUGAGCAAUUAGAUAUCCAUUAAAUUAUGCACAGACACAAUAACAACAUCACACAGAACCUUUCAUCUCAUCUCAACAUGCAGCACCUCUCCCUCCCCCUCCCC